UUUGCUCAAGCCGAAGGCGUAGAAGGGCGGCGCCAUGGGAGGAUUGAAAAGUCACUUCUUGGGGCUCUUUUUAUCCUUGCUGUGUUGGGAGUUGGUGGAUGUCGCAAGCGCCGGCAACGCGGCUUGCUGCGACUGCGUCAAAUUGGAGAGCAACACCUGCAAGGAUGGGGCAAGCAAGCACAGGCGCCAGAGGUCCUUUUGUACAGAGCAGACUACCGAGGGGUUGUGCCUCACGGCCGGCGGAAGAAGCUGGGUCGGGGCUGGAACUUGCCGUUGGACCUGUGCGAAGGAGGACCUUUGAGAUUGGGACAGCGGAUCACGUUGUUGCGGAGACUACGCUGGCUUGGGUGUGAGAACACAAAUCUGAGCCAUGGGAAACGAUGUCCAAUACACUUUUUGUUGUGUUUCGAUGGCCACUGUUUGACCACUUUUUAGGGAGGCAGGACUGGCUGCCGGGUGAUGUUCCAGUUCACAGAACUGGUCAGGUGAGGCGACGUGUGGGCAGUGUGGGCUGUGGGCGAUGAGUUGGUGGUCAUUCCUGGGUCCGAGUCAUCCCAUGCCAAGUGGCUAGGUCCUAGGUGAUACUAUAGGUGUUUGGAGCUGAUUAGUGGAGCGAAUAGACAUGAACAGAGCCAUUCUUGGGGUUUUGUAUAGGGGCAGGAUUACUCCAAUUCGAAUGAGGACCUUUUCUGUGGCUUCACUGCUUGGACCUGUUUUCGAUGCGGCACCGGUUUGAGGGUGACCUCGACAUACCAAGUGACCAAGUGUUGGAACCUCCAAGAUCUGGUGACACCCUGAAACAGGUUGUGGCCUUACUUUUGUGGCGAAACACGAACGAAUCACUAGGGAAAAAGAAGCACGUGAGCAGUGAGCAGCGCCCUUUUGUUGCGAAACCAUGCCCAAAGUUUCAUGCAUUCGAGUCACUUCUAGCUGCGUUUGGCUUGCCCGUGUGUGAUUGGUGCAAGCCAUUGGGGCUCACAGACCUGGGAAGACAGGGCGACACCUUCGCGCGGGGAAGAUGAGCAAGCCAGAGAUCACGGUGACCAAAAUGUCCAAGGACUGGAAGUGAAGUGUGUCGGCUGUGUGGCUGUGUCCAGGGAGUCCUGGCCUACGCCAGCGAUGAGGAUGAAGCGCAGGCAAAGUACCAAGUCUCCUCAUGGGGCACCUGGGGUUGUGAGGUGUCCAAGUUUGAUUGGCAAUACUCCGGCACGGAGACCGCUUAUGUGUUGGAAGGAGAGGUCACGGUGACUCCCACGGGGGACUGGAGCAGCUGCAAAGCCACCAAGAUUGAAGCGGGCGACUUGGUGGUGUUCCCGGACGGAAUGACCUGUGUGUGGGACGUCACCAAGCCCAUCAAGAAGCACUUCAACUUCUCCUGAGAUCUCCUGAGUAGAGUAUGGCGUCGGGUCGUCGAAGUCUUGCGGUGCUUCGGGUGGUCGAAGCCUUUCGGAGGACCCGGCACAGGAGCUUUCUGUGCUUUCCUUUUCACGAAAGGCAGCGGUUACGCUACCUGAGUUGUCUUUGCUUUAGCAAAAAUGUAUUGGGGGUGGUGAAGUGGUCCGGUGCAUGAUUUCGAUGGUUUAAGAGUUGGUUUUAAAUGUCGGGCCCCCCCCCCCAUUCGACUCCACCCUGCGCCGCGGAGAAUUUGGUAGCGAUCUGAGCAGACGCAAGCAGCCAGCAGCAGCAGCAAACCAGCAAUGCAGCAGCAGCAGUAGCA